AUGGGCGAGUGUUUCACCCCAUCUGUGGCUGCAGGGGAAAGCAGGACAGUCGGGACGUGGUGUGUGGCAUCUGCAUGGAUAAAGUGUGGGACAAGCCAGAAGCUGAGCGGGGUGUUUGGCAUCCUGCCCAACUGUACCCAUGCUCACUGCCUGGGCUGCCUCCGGACCUGGCGGAAGAACCGUCAGGACUUCCCGCUGGAUGUCAUCAAGGCCUGUCCCCAGUGCCGAGUCCAUUCCAGCUACAUCAUUCCCCACAAGUUCUGGGUGGGCGAGGGGGCCCAGAAGGAGCAGGCUCAUCAGGAAGUCAAGGCUCGGACCAGCCAGAUCCACUGUCGGUUCUUCAUGCGGGGGAAUGGCCGCUGCCCCUUCAAAUCUGACUGCAUCUACCUGCAUCAACUUCCAGCUGAGACCCUGGCCUCUGGUCCUCCGCGGCCUAACAGUGUUCAACUGGUCUCUGGGAGUGAGGUACUGGGCCCAGCAUCAUUCUUGGGGGCUGCCAAGCCAGAGGAGGAUGUGUUCUUCACAGAUUGUGCCCUGACUCUGGCCCUCUGGGGUUCAGAACUCCUGCUAGAUCUCAACAGUUCUUACCAUGGCCUUCUGCACCAGGAUUGCCUUGAGGAACUGGGAUGAGGGGAAGGGGUGGUAGUUCUUUCCCCUGUGGGGUUUGGUGGUGGGCAAAAGUAGCAAGCCCUCCACCCCUGUGAACGACACAACUGGGGGACACAGGAAUGGGGGAGGGAUGAGGAAGGAUUCUCACCUACUUGCCAGUGUCUU